UCUGUCCCAUUUUCUAAUUUCGUGGCUUAUCUCUUGCCGCCAAUUUCAUGCGACCAUUUUUCGCGGUGCCACGAAAAUCUUUCACCACUUUUUCUAUUUCCCCUUCAAGCAUUUAGUCGUUUUGCCACAUACGAUAGUUGAAACGCACACCAAGUGUUUGUGAAAGUCGCCAGCUGGGUGAUUUUAACUCCUCUCUUACUCGUUGCACUAAGUUGCAGUUUCUGUCAUUAACUCUUCAUCCCCUAGCUAGUUUCUUAUCUUACCUGUAGCCAUUGCAGGUUAUACUUGGAAGAGGCUGGAUAGUUUCUCUCUCUCGAUGGACCUGCAGGACUUCCUUCUCCGUGCUCGAGUCUUGAGGCUUUACAGACAAGCAUUGAGAAUUUCUGGUCGAGCUCCUUCUUCUGCCAGAGUUGAACUGAGACAGACAAUCAGACAAGAGAUGGAAAAUAAUAGAAACUGCAAUGACAAGCAAAGGAUCCGUUUCUUGAUUAGUGAGGGAUUGGAUAGACUGAACCGACUUGAUGAAAUGCUUGACAUGCAAGGUCACCGUUGAUGGAUUGGUAUGUGAUCAAAUACCUCGCCUUAUUAGGAGAGUAAAAAAUUAAAUUAGUUCAUGAAUGACAUGGUAUCUGUAAAAUUAUGGUUUAAAUUCUCCGUUGAUUAAUAACUUUGCAUGAUGAUUGUCCCUUUCUACAUUCUACAGAGAGAUUCAUUAAGAGUAAACAAUCUUUUUAAUUUAAUACUUGAUAUAAUCCUAUUUAUAUUGGCAUUAUACCAAUCUUGUUCC